AUGACGGAAAUAAAUAGUGUAAAAAAUGAAAUUAAAUCCUCGGCGUUGGAGCUAAUUGGAAAUACCCCGCUUCUCGCGUUAGACCGUCUACAUCCGGGACCAGGUCGUAUAUUAGUGAAGUGUGAAUUUAUGAACCCGGGUGGUUCUAUAAAAUGCCGCUCAUCAUUACACAUGGUUGAAAAGGCCCGAGAACGAGGUGACCUUAAGCCCGGCGGAGAAGUCGUUGAAGUCACUUCCGGAAACCAAGGAUGCGGACUCGCCGUUGUUUGCUCGAUUUUGGGUCAUCCACUUACCGUUACUAUGUCUAAAGGAAAUUCCAUCCAACGCGCGAUUCACAUGGAAGCCCUUGGCGCGAAAUGCAUCAGGUAUCCCCUAGUCGUAGGAACUUACGGAAAUGUCACAUUCGCAGAUGUUGAACCCGCUUUGGAAGGGGCGAUGAAAAUGUCAGAAGAAACUGGUACAUUUUUCAUCCAACAAAUGGCGAAUCCAGAUAACAUUGACGCACAUUACAAGACUACAGGUCCCGAAAUAUGGCGGCAAUCGGGACACCGGGUUGAUGCUUUUGUCACUACGGUUGGUACAUCUGGAACGUUCACUGGCGUUUCUACCUAUUUGAAAGAACAAAACCCGGAUAUUCAAUGCUUCGUUGUUGAACCAGAAGGUUCACAACCGCUAAUAGGAUGCCCGAUAACGAAGCCACUUCACAUGCUCCAAGGUGCGAGCUAUGGAGUUGUUCCCGAUUUAUUCAAGUCGGAUCUGAUGGAAGAUAGUAUUAGUGUUACUGAUGAAGAGGCAGUGCAUUAUAAGGAUCUGAUUGGAACAAAGGAAGGAUUGUUUGUUGGUUAUACAAGUGGUGCAAACGUUGCAGCGGCCGUGAAGUUGUUAAACUCGGGAAAAGUACCCAAAGAUGCAUGGAUCGUUACUAUACUAUGUGACACUGGAUUGAAAUAUACUCCUGUACCCGAAAACUUGAUAAAAUAG